AGAUUGGGUAGUGAAAUCGGCACUUAACAUGUCAUUUGCGGUUUGCGCUUUUCGUUCCUUUAUAAAAGCCAACCCUUGGUUCUUGACAAGUUCUCGAUACAAGACAUUUUUUCUAAAUGAAAUCAAAUUGCUUCACUUAAUUUUAAAUCUUAAUAUUUUCGGGGUAGAGUUCUAAGUCAAUUGAGGAAAUUUGUUUGACGUAUUGUGGUAGCCUGACGUGCAGUCGUGUGUACUUAUGGUUUAUUUAUGAUUUCUCAUUGAUUUCUUGAAGAUUCAGAAUAUAAACUUUACUCUUUGGUUCUGAUUCAACAUUUAUUAAGAUAAUGAUAAGUUUAUCAUAACUUCAAAACGUAGUAUUUCGUUAAUAAUGUCCGACGAAGUUAACCAAGAAGUUGAUCUAAUGUACGGCCUAAAAACAGUUCUUUCUCAAAUAGAGGCAGCAGUGGCUAGGAGAAGUAAAGAUCUACCUCAAGUAGCACCUAGACUAGUAGCCGUAUCAAAAUUAAAACCUGCUUCUAUGAUAGUCGAAGCAUAUGAAGGAGGCCAGAGGCAUUUUGGUGAAAAUUAUGUGAACGAACUAGCAGAUAAAGCUAGUGACACAAUUAUUUUAGAGAAAUGCAAGGAGAUAAAAUGGCAUUUUAUAGGACAUUUACAGACUAAUAAAAUUAAUAAAUUACUUGGGUCACCUGGACUCUUUAUGGUUGAGACUGUUGACUCUGAGAAGCUUGCUGAUAAUUUAAACAAGCACUGGUUAAAGUUCAGAAAAGAUGAAGAGAGAUUGAAAAUUAUGGUCCAGGUAAACACAAGUGCUGAAGAAGCUAAAAAUGGCAUAGAACCAUCACAAUCAACAAAAUUGGUAGAACAUAUUUUGAAAAGUUGUCUGAAUCUCGAAUUUGUUGGACUCAUGACUAUUGGCCAAUAUGACUAUGAUAUGUCUAAAGGUCCUAAUCCAGAUUUUCUGACUCUUGUAAAAUGCCGUCAAGAAGUCUGCGAGAAUUUAAAAUUAGAUAUCAACCAAGUGGAACUGUCUAUGGGAAUGUCAACAGAUUUUGAACAUGCGAUUGAACUAGGAGCUACAACAGUGAGAGUUGGAUCUAAUAUAUUUGGUGCGCGACCACUAAAACUGAAAACAAAUUAAUCUAGAACUUAUGUAUCAAUGUCAUUUCUUUUUGCUUUAGAUAAUUAUUAAAUAAUUUGGGCUCUAUUUACUUGUACUGAUGUAUGUUCAGACAUCUGCCUAAUAUUAGUGUCAACGCUACCAAAUGGAUAGAAAGAACUGAUCUAUUUAAUAAUAGUAUAUUUUUUAUAAAUAUUUAAAUUGGUUUUUCAAAGUUGCAUCCCAUGUGACGUACUACAUUUUUUUAUUAUAUUAGUUAUUUGUGCUUUACAUUGUAAAUUAAGGUUGAUUUUGUUUGAUUAUAAACAUUAUAAGAUUUGUUAUGAAUAUUUGUUUAUUUUCAUGUGGAAUUGUUGUAAGUUUAAUUUUAAUAAGUUCAGGGGUUUUUUAUUACUUGUUACUUUGAGAAUUUAUAAGUUAUUCUUUGUACAUAUAUUUAGUAUGAAGGAAAAAAUACAUUGUUUUUUAAGCAAAACAUGCGUCAUGCUUCCCCAGACAGAUGCAUCAUUUGCGCAUUAGCGAGGGGCUAUCAGUCAAAAUGUGCAAGGGUGAUUC